AUGGGGAAGGACUACUACCAAAUUUUGGGUGUGCCCAAGUCCGCCGAUGACGAUGCAAUUAAGAAAGCAUACAAAAAGGCGGCGCUGAAGUGGCACCCUGACCGUAACAAGGACAACGAGGCGACGGCCAAGAAGAAGUUCCAGGAAGUCGGCGAGGCUUUCGAGGUGCUUUCGGACAAGAACAAGCGUACCAUCUAUGACCAGUACGGUGAAGAUGGCCUAAAGGGCGGCGGCCCGAUGCCAGAGGACGCGGCUGGCGGUUUCCCUGGCGCCGGUAUGGGCGGCGGUUUCCCUGGCGGCGGCGGCCGCACCUUCCACUUUACCUCGGGUGGCGGCGGCAAUCCGUUUGGCGGAGCCGGUGGCUUCUCGCCAUCUGACCCGAACGAUAUCUUUGCUCAUAUCUUUGGUGGUAUGGGCGGCGGCGGCAUGGGCGGCAUGGGCGGCAUGGGCGGCAUGCCCGGUAUGGGCGGUAUGCCCGGCGGCGGCCGCAGCAGCCGUGGUGGCCGCGGUGGUAUGGGCGGCAUGGGCGGCAUGGGCGGCAUGGGCGCCGAUGACCUCGGCGGCAUGUUUGGCGGCGGCUUUGGCGGCGCUGAGCCCGAGACCCACGAGAAGCCCGAAGAUACCGAGUCGCCCCUCAAGCUCACGCUCGAGGAGCUCUACAAGGGCGCCACCAAGAAGCUCAAGAUCGGCCGCAAGCUUGCGAGCGGCGGCAAGGAAGAAAAGGUCGUCACGAUCGAAGUCAAGCCUGGCUGGAAGAAGGGUACCAAGGUGCGCUUUGCGGGUAUGGGCAACGAAGUGAGCCCUGGCGUGUCGCACGACCUGGUGUUUGUCGUUGACGAGCGUCCGAAUACCACGUUUACCCGCAACGGCGACGACCUGCGCAUAGUCCAGCCGCUGAAGCUCGCCGACGCGCUGGACCCCCCGAAGCCCGGCUCGCCUGCCUCGCGCCGCAAGGUGACGACGCUCGACGGCCGUACGAUCGACAUUCCGCUGCCUUCGCCGGCCGCAGGCAAGACGACCAUCACGCCCGGUCGGACGACGCGCCUCGCCGGCGAGGGUAUGCCGAUUUCCAAGGUCAAGGGCACGCGCAAGGGCGACCUCGUCGUGGAGUGGAACGUCGAGUUCCCCGACCGUCUUUCGGAGGCGCAGCGCAGCCAGGUUCGCGCCGCUCUGAGCUAA